UUAUAACGCCGGACGUCAACGGCUGCAGCAACAGCAAACACAGAGUAGAAGAAGAAGGACAUGUCUAGAGCGGGUCUCUGGAAGUCUCUCCACGGGUUUUCGUUCUGGACCUCCACCCUCUGCCUGUCUCUGUCCUGGACUCAUGUUCAAGGUGGCCUCCAUCUGAUUGGUUCCUCUCAGCCAAUCGUAGCUGCUCCUGGAGAUGACGUCAUCCUGCCGUGUCGGGUGGAUCCUGAGUGGAACGCCGUGGGGAAGACGGUGGAGUGGUCCCGACCGGACCUGAGGCCGUCCGGCCCUCAGAAGCGUGUGGAGUACGUGUUCGUGUACCGCUUCAGGAAGACGGACCGAGACAUGAUGAUGGACACGUACAUCCAGAGGACGUCUCUGUCCCAGGACGGCCUGAGGCGAGGAGACGUGUCUCUGACCAUCAGGAACGUCAGCCUGCAGGACCAGGGCAGGUUCCGAUGCUUCAUCCCUCGCCUCGGGAUAGAAGCAGAACUUCUGCUUGUUGUUGAUCCAAACUUUGUUUCAACAACGACGACAGAAACGGUUCCUGGCAGAAACUUCAUCAUUCCGACGCCACAGGAGGAAACCAGGAGCAACGGUCAUCGGUCCAGAAUGUUUCUUCUUUUCCCCAUUAUUCUCGUCAUCAUUUCGCUGAGUUUACUUUUCAUCUUAAUCAUCUUCAGCUUAACAAAAUGCUCCAAAAACACAAAAUUUCAUCAGAACCUCCUGAGAGCCUCGGCCUCUCAGUUUGGAUGCUUUGCUCCAGAGCAGAGCUGUGUUGAUGUGGACCAGAACUCCAUCCAGACUCUGAUUCCUGAU